AUGUGUGUUGAUGUUUCUGCUGUAGAUAAGGCGGACUCUGAGGUUACCUGCAGUUAUCAGGAUGUUGUAAACUACCUGAACCUGACCAAAAACAAGGAGCUGUACACCAUUACUCGACCUGUUACAGACUACAAACAGACUACAAAGAUACACAUCCAAAUGUCGAUCUAUGGUAUCCUAGAUGUGAGAGAGAUCGACCAGACCUUUGUUACCAACAUUUGGGUUUAUAUGGGCUGGCAAAAUGGACACAUUCAGUGGAAUCCACUUAAAUUUUGUGGAAUUCAAGAAAUAACAAUUCCAAAAGAUUUAUUAUGGAGGCCAGAUCUAACUAUUGAAGAGAUGACAGAGAAAGACAAGUCCCCCCCAACUCCUUUUCUCACUGUUAAAUGGCACGGUCUUGUUGAAUUUAAGAAUGAUCUGGUGCUGGUCAGCUCUUGCAGGAUGCAAAUUUUCAAAUUCCCUUUCGACAGUCAGAGCUGCAACCUCUCUUUCAAGUCUGGUGUAUACUCUGAUAACGAAAUAAAGUUUGUAGCAGAGUCCAGUGCUACAAAGAACACACAGUGGUCUCUUGAAGUGAUGCGGACCCAGUAUGAGUGGCUCUUCAUUGGCAUGACUGUCAAAGAGAAAACCAUCAACAAUUUUAGCAGCAAUCAAAGCAUGAUUGUUUACACUAUCACUAUGCGGAGGCGGUCUGUCCUCUACAUCGUCAACUUCAUACUACCCAUCUUGUUCUUCUUCUGUCUGGACUUGGCCUCCUUCCUCAUCUUGGACACAGGGGGCGAGAAGCUCAGCUUCAAGGUCACUGUGCUGCUUGCUGUCACUGUGAUGCAGCUUAUUCUCAAUGACAUUCUGCCUUGCUCUUCAGACAGGAUUCCACUUAUAGCAUUAUACUGUAUUGGGAUGUUUGGAUUGAUGCUGCUGAGCCUCCUGGAGACGAUUUUGGUGAUGUAUCUGAUAGAGAAGGACUCUGCAUCCCAAGACAACAAAGCAAAUAAUGUCCAAAGCCUGAGUGAGGACUGUGGAGGUAAAUGGAGCAAAGACGACAUACACAGCUGUGAUGGAGGGUAGCAGCAGCCAAUUGAUGGAGUCCAUUGUCUUGAUGAAGGUCUCAGAUGAGCUGACGGCAGUGCAGAAAACAUUGACUCUGCUCCUAGACAGUAGGAAAGAAGAA